GCAUUGAGGCGUAACCUUAUUCCCUUGAUAAUAUAAUUUGGUUAUAAAUACCUGAGCUGGCUUAACCAAUCCAUACAUCCUCAUUAUCUAUCCUACCAUAAUAAAAUGAUGAGAAUGAGAGAGCCCACAAUUAGCCUUUUGGUUCUUGCUUUGUUCCUCCUUAAUGUCUCUGCCGAGCCAUCUCUUCCCUUUGAUCUCCCAACCAAUGAAACCUUAUUUGGCCUUGAAGUAUUUCAAGGUAAUGCAUCAGCCCUGACGUAUGUAUCCACGGGGACGAUGUGGAAUGCAAGCUGGUGGGGGAACAUGUCCUAAUGGAGUUUGUUGUAGUAUCUACGGCUGGUGUGGAACCACAUCAGACUAUUGUUCCCCUGGAAGAUGGUCAGAGUCAAUGUCCAGACCCGUACCCAGAGGGACGAUGCGGAUGGCAAGCUGGUGGUAAACUAUGUCCUAAUGGAGCGUGCUGUAGUUACAGUGGUUGGUGUGGAACAGCACGACUCUCUUGUAGAACUGAUUUCUGUCAAAGCCAAUGUGCAACCCCGUUCCCACGGGGACGAUGGGGAUGGCAAGCUGCUGGUAGAGGAUGUCCUAAUGGAGUGUGUUGUAGUGUCUCUGGUUGGUGUGGAAACACAUCAGACUAUUGUGCUCCCGAUAAAUGUCAAAAACAAUGUAAAACACCAUUCCCACCCCCACCUUCACCCUCACCUCCACCUCCCUCCCCACCCCCACCAUCACCGCCACCUCCAUCCCCAUCCCCGCCCCCACCCUCACCUCCACCUCCACCUCCACCUAAUUUCCCACCAGGACGAUGCGGAAGGCAAGCUGGUGGUAGAUUAUGUCCUAAGCGAAAGUGUUGUAGUAGAUGGGGUUGGUGUGGAACUACGCCAGAAUAUUGUGCUGAUAAAAAUUGUCAAAGUCAGUGCAGAAAUUAUCUAACCUCAUCCGCCAAGAAUGAUAUGGGAGGUCUUGGAAGCUUCUAGCUCAACGUUGUCUAGAUAUGCUAGAGGAUGUACUUUUACUCCUUUGUUGGGACUUGUGAAGUGAUCAAAUAUUAUUGUGUGUAAUGACUAAUGAUAAUGCAUAUUAAUGCAUUCAGUAAUAUAAUAAAUAAAGGACUUUCGUCUAAA